AUGACAAAGUUCAAGGAUCAACGCCGACUGUCUCGAUCGAGAAGCAAAGCGGAGUACAAGAAAGUUAUUCUGGACCAAAUGCCCGAACCCGAGAAGGAACGGCUCCGACAAGUAUCGAGGGCGACACGAACGCAGAAGCAGAAGAAGAAGACCAAGCCAAAGAAUAGUGCAGUUGUUGUCGCUAGUAUCCCUCAAACGUCGACAAUGUUGGCAGUGGCAAAGUUAUCAUCACAGCGUUCUCAAGUCACUCAAGUCCCAAAGCAAGUGGUGGUUCGAUCCCCAAGAACCACUCGACAACCGUCGUCUCCGUUGACGUGCACACCACUUCCUCGUGCUUCAAACAGAGUGGAUCAAAGCACAUUCUCAACAAAUCAACUUUUCACAGGGAGUACUCCGAUCCGUGCCGAUGAACCCCAAAGCGCUUGGUUCGACUUGACAAAGCAGAGGGUUUCAGUCCUCGCGAGAAAGCAUGCCCGUCGACAAGCAACGGCAAAGGCCAAAACAAGUGGAAAACGUCGAGUCACCAUUUAG